CUUUGCUGCUGCUGGGCACGAAAAGGAAGGAGAGAGGCGCCCACUUUCCUCAAACUUAAGGAAACUUGAGAAGCGGAUGAUUCCGGAUGUCUGGCCACUGAGGGGCCACAUGAACAAGGAGAACGGGGCGCCUCUACCUUGACAGGAAAGCGACACACCGGCAGGGACGUUCCCCUCCCCGCCGCUCCUCAAAGCCCACCCUCGCUGUUCCUCUUUCCCGAAAGGAAACGGACUCUUAGGGCCUGGGAGGAGAAGCCCUCCUUACCGCAGCAGCCGCGGUGCACUCUUGCCUUGCCCGGGUGGAUUCAAAGCCCCCCCCCCCGGCGGCACCACGUUUUGGGAUUCCUUGUAUUUGCAGGAGACGUGUGUGUGUUGGUCAAAGUACCCUAUAAUCUAGAAUAAUACUGGCUUCCUUGAACGCAGGAUCUCUCUGAACGUGCUGUCCUUAGCCACUUUUGAGCCAUAAUUCAAAUAAGAUCUGAGAAAUUUAUAGUGUGUAUUGAGAUGGCGUCAACGCUUGUAACACAUUCUCCAUGUUUCGGAAAAGAUCCUAGUAGUGUGUGGAAAGAUGACAAACCAAACAGCCCUUUCAGAAGUUUGGAUUCUGAAAUCUGUCUUUAUAGAGAUAUAGAGUGCAUCGAAAAAGAAAAGGUUAGAGCAGUUCAACAGAAUCUGAAGGUAUAUGAAAAGAGUACAAUUUCGUCAAGAGCCAGAGCUCGAAAGACCUUCAGAAAACUGGAAGAAGCCGUUGAAAGAGAGACAGAAGGCGAUAUAGAAAAAGAUGUUGCUGCUCUGAAUUGGGCUCUUACUUUUGCUAAGUGUUGUCAAACUGAUACACAGUCUAUAACGGAUUACAUCAGUGAACAAAAGGAACUCUUUUUACUUGAGUAUGCAGUUAAAAUAAAGCAACAUACCAUAUCCCAGAUGGAGAAGAUGGCAGCAGAAGAAGAGAGGAGGGUCAAACUCGCUGAAACAAAACUGGAAGACGAUACCCUUGCAUUUGAGGAAUUUCUCAAGGAAAAUGAUAAAAGUUCUGUAGAUGCCUUUAAACUGGCAACUCAGGAAGCAAAAUCUAAACUGGAAGUGAUGGCAGAAGUGAGGUCAGCAAUGAAUGAAGUGUUUUCUCUUAAAAGUGAAAUUGCAAACACUGAAGAUCUUUUGAGGCUGUAUUUAUCGUAUGAAUCUUUUUUGCUGAGUAUUUCUCCUAAAGAGUGGCAAGAACAGCAAAAAGCAAAAAAGAAGAAAGGAAAGAAGGAGAGGAAAAGAGGCCUUUCAAAAUCUUUUAUUACUAUUCCUGCUCCUGAUAAAACCAAGCUAAUGUCAAGCUCUUUCAUAUUACACCACAGAAUACACAAAUGGGCACACACUAAAGGGCCACCACCUGGUAAAGGGCAGCCACCUGGAAAGAAGGUGUUUACUGGGAGGUCAGCCUCAGUCAUGCUCCCUCAGCAUGAGGAGAAGAAGAAGAAAAGCCCCCAUAGCCAAGGAGGCGAAUACCGGUUUUUCAGAAAGAUGUCAGGAGCACUCAGCCGCAGAUCAUCCUCGCAGGAGAAAAGACAAUCAUUAGAAAGCUAUCAGAGUGAAAGAAGCAUGUCUCUAUCUUCAGAAGAAGACUUUUCCUUGGAUGAUAUACAGAGUGAUGAGGAACCAGAGAUAUAUUUCAAAAAUCCUGAAGAGCUACUUCAGAUGUACAGACAUCUUGAGGAACAAAAUCUUUCACUAUUUCAAAACAUUCAAGAAAUCAGUGGAACACUAGAAAGCAGACAGCAGAAAGAAAAAGCAAUUAAACAGGAAAUGGAACAAAGAAUAAAGAGCCUGGUUGAUGAAAAGGAAGCCCUAAAAGCAGCUUCUAUCAAAGAAGAAGCAAAAAGUGAAGAAUUGGCAUUAAAAAUAAAAUUAUUUUCAUCAGGAGAGGAUAACCAAGCAUCCAAGGGUAAAAUGCUGGAUUUACUUAAAAAAGUAGCAGAAGUAUACAGAGUUUGCAGUGGAGCAAAUGAGGUGUCCAGCCUCACUGCAUUUCAGAUGCUGAAAAUCAUAGAAAUUCGGGUCUCUGAGCUAUGUGAGAUGUUGGAUGUGCUUCCAAAAGAAUACCUUGAAGUUGUUGAAGCCAACGAAAAACUCAGAGCAAAAGAAAGACGGCAGAGAGUCCGUGAAGACAAACUGAAAGAACUGAAAAGAACCCAGGAGGAACGCCUGAAGAAUGCUCUUGAAAGAGCAAUUGCAGCACCAAAGACAAGGGUGGGAAGAAAACUGGUGUACCGGUCACAGCCUCCAAAGACUGGCCAAGGAGAGGAAAAAAUUAUAGAUUUAACUACAAAAAGUGAAGAUGACUACUAUUUUACUUGAAUUUUGUUUAAAUUAUUUUUUGAACAGUUCUGAUAGUGUCCACAUAUUUUGCACCCCCAUUUCUAUAAUUUCAGGAAAUGUAAAUUGAAGAAACUAUAAUUCAGAAUAUCUAGAAUGUAUCAGGGUGCUCGUCCAGGCUUGGUUCUACCU